AUGGCCUCACCGCGGCGCACAUACGACGACUCGGAUUCGGACGGCGGCGACUUCAACCCUGCGCCUGCUGACGGGUCUGACGAUGAGCAACAGCCCUCAUCACCUAUCGAGUCAAGGAACGGCGCCCGUCGAAGCAGCCCGAGUCGCGACGACAAUGAUGCCGAUGGCGAUGCGAAUGGAGACUCGCACUCCGUGAGGGACGACGACGAAGGCGAAGAGGAUGAAGAUAACACGGGCGCUAGAAAGGCCCGUGACGAGGACGAGGACGACGAGGAUGAAGAUGAUGACGACGACGAAGAUGAGGAUGAUAUGCCUCAACACCGUCGCAAGCGCAGAAAGGGAAGGGACACGCGCGCCGCUUUCUUCGACAUGGAAGCUGAGGUCGACGAAGACGAAGACGACGUCGAGGACGAGGAGGAUCAAGCUGAGAUAGGAGACUUCAUUGACCAAUCGCACCCCGACGAACUAGCCGAAGCUGGAGAUGUCGACGACGAGAGAUACCACCGAGAGCUCGACCGUCGGAAGCAAAUGGAAGAGAACGUCGGUGCUGAAGAGGUGGCGGAGCGACUGAAGAGAGACUAUGGCAGGAAGAACGCAUACUCGGGCCGGGGCGCCCUCACUGACUCGGCUGUGGUCCCAAAGAGAUUGCUGUUGCCUAGCGUUCAUGACCCCUCGAUCUGGGCAGUCAAAUGCAAGGAAGGCAAGGAGAACGAGGUGGUGAUGGCCAUCCAGAAGAAGUACGAAGAGAGCAUUGGGACUGACCACGAGCUUGCCAUUACCUCGGCUUUCGAGCGAGGUGGUCCCAACUCGGUCAUGAAGGGCUACAUCUACGUCGAAGGCUACAGCUCUAUCGACGUUCAAAAGUCUCUGGCAGAUGUCAUGAACGUGUACCCACACACCAAAAUGUUCCUGAUUGAGAUCAAGGAUAUGCCAGAUCUCCUCCGCGUGCAACCACCUCCCAAGCUGACGCCAGGGACGUGGGUCCGCAUCAAGAGACCCAAGUUGUACGAAGGUGACCUGGCUCAAGUCUUGGAUAUCACCGACACUGGCCUUGAUGCCGCUGUCAAGAUCAUUCCUCGAGUGGACUAUAGUAACCGCGAGGACAAGCUUGCUGCAGAGAAGGCCAACGGGUUCGACAAGGACGGAAAGAGGAAGCGGCCUGGCUUCUUCGCCAAACCUCGUCCGCCUCAGAGACUUUUCAGUGAGGUAGAGGCCCGGAAGCGCAACCCGGCGGGUCUAUCGCUCAACCCAUUGGCAAACACCUUUACCUACAAGAACGAGGAGUACUCGAAGGGUUUCCUCCACAAGCACAUCAAGAUCCAGCACCUCGUCACGACAAACGUCAACCCAACUUUGGAAGAAGUUACCAAGUUUGCGAGCUCGGACGAGAAAGAUGGCGCCGAGAAUCUCGACCUGAAGGCACUUGCGGUUAGCUUGAAAGACAGCAGUGCAAAUGUGGCUUACUUGCCUGGCGACAUUGUCGAGGUGUUCAAGGGCGAACAAAAAGGUGUCAUCGGAAAGGCUACCAACGUCGUUGGUGACAUUGUUACCAUCGCGGUUACUGAGGGCGAGCUCGAAGGUCAAAGUAUUGACAUCCCCACAUCCUCGUUACGCAAGAGAUUCAAGCUGGGUGAUCAUGUCAAGGUCACCAGCCUCAGCCGUUACGAAGGUGAGGUUGGUAUGGUUGUGAAAAUCUCUGACGAUCGCGUCACCUUCUUGACCGACCAGAACAAUACCGAGAUCACAGUCUUUAGCAAAGAUUUGAGAGAAGCCAGUGACAUUAGUGGACAAGGCUCUCUGGGGCAGUACGCCUUGCUGGACCUCGUACAGCUGGAUGUGACGACUGUCGGGUGUAUCGUCAAGGUGGACCGGGAGUCUCUUGUUGUUCUAGACCAGAACGGCAGCACGAGACAGGUUAUGCCAUCUCAGAUCGCAAACAAGAUUCCCAAGCGAAAGCACACAAUCGCUGCCGACCGCAAUGGUUCAGAGAUCCGCUUGGAUGACGUCGUCAAGGAGUAUGGUGGCCAACAGCGACAGGGCAAGAUUAUUCACAUACACCGAUCCUUUGUGUAUCUGCACAACAAUGAAUCCAACGAGAAUGCUGGCGUUUUUGUCACCCGCUCUAGCAGCCUGAUGACAGUUGCGGCCAAAGGUGGUCGAGUUGCAGGCGGACCGGAUUUGACGCAGAUGAACCCUGCAGCAAAGCGCGACCCCAGUGGCAACAGCAGCAUGGCAGCGCCUCCAAAGCAAUCCUUCGGCCGUGACCGCUCCAUUGGACAGACCGUCACUAUCAAGAAGGGAGGCUGGAAGGGUCUUUUGGGCAUUGUCAAGGAUACCACAGAUACCCAUGCUCGGGUCGAGCUGCACACCAAAGGCAAAAUUGUCACCGUUCCUAAGGUUGAUCUUGUUUUCAAGGACAAGAUCACCGGUCGGACCAUCGACAUCAAUGGCAGAGGCGGUGGCUUUGGUGGCCGAGGCGGUUUUUCAGGUGGUCGUGGUGGAGGCGUCGACUUGGGCUUUGGCAGUCGCACACCACAAAUUUCAUCGGGCUCGGAGCGUACACCUGCAUGGGGCGCUUCAUCUCGAGCCACCGCACGCACGCCAGCAUGGAGUCAAGGCCCAUCUGCUGGUUCACGCACACCAGCUUGGGGCGACGGCUCUCGCACCGUCAACCCUUACGACGGCAGCCGCACGGCCUACGGAUCCGGCUCACGCACACCGGCAUGGUCGUCAGGCGCCAAGACACCAGCCCACGAUGGCUUCUCUCUUGGUUCCAAGACACCCGCUUACGCCAGCGGUGGCGGCGACUCCGCCUGGGGCGCGGGAUCCAAGACCCCGGCAUACGGGAUCUCUGCGCCGACUCCGGGCGCAAGCGAUCCUUGGGGACCUACGCCUUCCGCAUACGAUGCGCCUACCCCUGGUGGUCUGGGUGCUCCCACCCCAGGCGCGGCGCUCAAUGCUCCUACUCCAGGGGCGUUCAACGCACCCACACCAGGUGCGCUGAAUGCCCCGACCCCUGCAGCUUGGUCGGGCGGCUGGGGCGCUGACUCUGCGCCAACUCCUGCGGCCGGGGCUCCGACGCCGGGGGCGAGCGGAGGGUACUACAGCGCGCCCACGCCUGUCGCCUAUGGCAGCGCGGAGACACCGGCGGCGAGCGGGCCGCGGUAUACCGACGAUGACUGA